CACAGCCUUGAUCCCUGCGCUAUGAUGUGUACUGUAUGCGUAUACAUUAUGUAUGAAUUUGUCAGCUCUCCGGUCAUGCUAGCUCACGCCAAUAUGAACCAGUUCAACAACACUCCUUUCUUCUCUAGUCUGUCCGGUUCGAGCCUCGGAUCGCGAUUGACCACUUCAUUAGUUCUCUGUAUCAGAACAUCUGUGCCACAAUACAAGAAAUCUGACCUAGGCUUAGCGCUGUACCCCUCACCGCACCAAGGCUAUCGAGCCACGUUCCACCUUUUCUUAGGCAUCCGCUCUACGACUUACAUCGUUUACACCAUGCCUUACGAUCGUGAUGUGGUCGUCGACUGCAUCAAAAGACACUAUGAUUUACUCGUGCGCAUAGCCUACCUGGACCCCGACGUGAUCCUCCACCCACCGCCUGGAGGUUGGGGUGAUGAGCAGCUCGCUGUCGAUACAUUGAAAGAGAGGAAACGCUCGGAGAAGGUCAUUGAUCUUUUGCGGCAUAUGCCUUAUUUGAGUAAGAAUAAGGAUACGGUGGGCAAGUACGAGGUCUAUAUCGAAACGGACGCAUGCACCUACCUUCGCAAUCAUGGCUGGUUUAAAGACGAGUAUAGGAAUCCUUAUGGUCUCAUGAUGCCGUGGAACUCGGAGCAGGACUCGCCUGCUGGUUUCAUUCCGUUGAGCAUGGGUAACAUCGCAACCGUAUGGAUGAUCGAUACGGACGAAGGAAUAAUAUGGCCUAUGGGAUCGUUUAUUGUGAAUAAUGAUGCGCCAGAAGAUCAGCCAUGGCGGGUAUCUGCAAAGCCUCGCGAUAUUCAGGAGUACUUCGACGAGCUCUACACCGAAAUCGAGACCUUAGUCACCGUUCCCGUACCAAAGACAAAAAGUGACUGGAGAUGGUAUCACGAGAUACUAUCAUGUCGGGAGAAGGAUGGACCACAAGUUCAGCGCUUGCUCAAAGAGCAUGGCUGGCCGGAAGCUUUCAGAAAGGAGGAAUAUCUUAAGGCUCUCGAGGAAGAGCGCUAUGACGCUAAACGCAACGAAGAGAAGAAGAGAGAAGAGAAAGAUAGAAGACGCAAGACAAAGCACGAAAUCGCUGUUGGCAAGACCUAUGAUCUGCGUUCCAAGAGUGGGAAGGGCGGUAGUACAGCGAGCUGA